AUGGGGGCUCUACGCACCGUGGGGUUGGUGAUCCUGGCGAUCUCGGUCUUCACGUUUAUCGCGUUAUUUGGCAGGCUGCCGGCAUUCAGAAAAACACCUGUUGCUUUUCUACACCGCGUGCUCUGGGUGUAUCUGCCCAAUGGACUCGCGGUAGUUGACAAUGGGUGGUUUGGGGGACGGGGGGUGCGGUGCUGGACCCGAUCCGGCAGUUAUGUCUUGAAAGAAAACCACCCCUUGGUGUUGAUCUUCUUCACAUCUCUGAUGGUCAUUGGAGAAAUUGUCUUUGUCCCCGCUGCGUGGCCUCGACUGUCCAGUAUCCAUCAAUUCUGGGUGCCGAUCGUGAUCACUCUACCAUAUGUACUACUUUACAAAUGCGUGGUGACCAAAUCCUUUAUUACAGAGGACAAUCAUGAGGAAGAGAUGAGACGCUACCCUUAUGACCGAGUCCUUUUUCACCCAGGACACGAGUGUAGCACUUGUCACUUCCUGAAGCCCGCACGCAGCAAACAUUGCAGCUUCUGCAACGCAUGUGUGUCUCGACAUGACCACCACUGUGUCUGGCUGAUGAACUGUGUCGGCGCCAAUAACUGCGUGUACUUCGUCUCGCUCUUGGUCUCGCUCUCGGUGAUGUUGAUCUACGGGUCUUAUCUGGGGAAAUCCUUACUGUCUGAAUCGUUGGAGCAGUUGGUUCCGCCCGACGUCAAGAUAGCUAUGCAAGACUGGACCACCUGGAUCAACACAUGGAGUGUUUUGGUUGCGACGUAUCCUAGGAUUGGGGCGGUCUUUCUGCUGAUGCUUAUGACAGCUCCCCUGGCAGUAUCCUUUCUGGCUUACCAUACAUACCUCAUUUGGGCGGGCACGACAACCAAUGAGACUGCCAAGUGGACCGAUUGGAAAGACGAUGUGGAAGACGGUCUGGUCUUCAAGACCAGAAGCAGUCUCAUCUUUGAGAAUCCCACUCCUAUGGACCCUCAUGACCGGGCAUGGCCAGUGCAUACAGAUCAGAUACUUGUCACUGAUGAGGAUCCUCCGACCGAGGGAUGUCUCCUGAUGUCUAGCUCUAACUGUAUUGCCCAUCGUCCUGGAUCUGAUCUACCACCUGAUCCUCGGUGGAAGCGACUGCACAGUAUGAAGGAGGUGGAUAACAUCUAUGACAUGGGAUUUUGGAACAAUCUCCGGGAUGUGAUGGGAUUCUCUGUUCGUGGACCUAUAUCUGAUUGA